ACAGACCCAUCCUUGUUCGUCCCACAGGCGGAGGAAAAGCAAAAGAAGCUGCAGGGCGAGAAGGAGGUGUAGACGCAUGUAGAGCAAGGUCAGGAGGCUAUGCCAAAGGGGCGGGGAGAGUAUUGGCUGCAGUGUCGGCUGUGCUCGACCAUUUACAGGGGCACGAGCACAAGAGCCGUUGAGCAUUUCCUAAAACUGCAGAAGCCUUGGCCUUUCAGGACGGGCGAGAUAUUGCACAAGCUGGUGGCCCAAGGYRCGAAGGUGCUGCMGAAGGACAAGAAGACGCAAUACCUUCUGCAAAAUUAUCGGCAGCUUCACAACAUUUCGGCGGGGGGUGCUACUGUCAAUGACGACGACGAGAGUGCGGUUGUUCCUCGCGGUUAUGAGGAGCCACAACCGCCGGUUGCUGCUGGGAGGGAGUCAGUGAAGGAGCCGGUGCAACGGGGAAAAGAACCUGCAGCGGCACAGGCGACGGGAGAAGAUGGUGCUUCCACUACAAGAAUGGCUUCAAUGCAACAAACGACCAUCAAGAGAUGGAUCCACAACGCGGCGCAGAAGAAGUUGGAUGUCGUGUGGGUGGAGACAAUGUUCAGAGCUGGAAUUGCAUUCCAAUUCCUGGAGUUCGACACCACGCAGCAGCUGCACAACGUGUAUCUCGAGGUGGCGAACGCCAGACCGCAGGUGAAGUUGCCGUCUUCGAAACACAUUCGGACUGUCAUGCUGGAGUUCAUUUUCAUGCGCAUUCAAAAGCAAGUGGAACCUUUGACAAAAUGUUGGGAUGUCACCGGCUGCACUUUCAUCACAGACAGGUCUAACGAUCGGAGGGAGCGGCCUGUCAUGAACUUCUUAACGGCGGGGGAGCAAGGAGCUGUUCUGGUGGCGACGGUGUAUAUGGACGGCAAGAAGAAGACGGGAGCGGCGUUGGCGAAACUGUGGGAGAAAAUGAUGAGGGAGAUUGCGCUGCAUCGCAUCAACGCGAUAUGCACUGACAAUGCGGAGGUGAACAAGAGAGCAACUCAAAUUUUGGAACGGCGCACGGACCCUGCGGUUGCAAGGAUACCUUGGGUUCCCUGCGCUGCACAUUGUUGCAGCUUGCUGCUAAGGGACAUCAGCAAGUUGGAUUGGGUGAAGGGCACGGUGAAGCGGGGCCACACCAUUGUCAAAUUCAUCAGGAAUCACCACACGACUAACAGUUUCAUGAUGAGCUUGGACUCAUCAUUGACGCUGUUGCGACCGACCGAGGUCCGUUUCGGGUCGAUGUACCGGAUGCUGGAGCGGAUACACAACCGGAGGGCAGUUUUUAAGGACAUGGUGGACGUGACGAAUGUGGGGAAAUGGAAGGCGAUGCGGCGGUCGAGCGCGAAGCCGCAAGAGAAAGCGGAUCUCGUGUACUUCACACUGCGGAGGGAUGCUUGGUGGAUGGAGCUACGGAAGGUGGUGGAGAUGAUGGAGCCAUUGUAUCUCCUUCUGCGGAGGAUGGUCAAGGACGGGACAGCACCGUCAAACCUUGUGGAGUACGACCGACUCAUGGAGAGGAUGCUGGCGGAGGUUGUCCUGACACCGGAGCAGCGAAGUUCAAUCCUGGAGAAGGCCAUCGCUAUCAAAGUGAUGGGCAUGUGGAGCACAGCAACUCCGGCGGAGCGUAAUUGGUCGUCGAUGGACUUGGUGCACUCCAAGCGACGGAAUCGGUUGAAGCCCGCGACCGUGGAGAAGCUUGUGUACAUUCAUUGGAAUAUGAAUCUGUUGCGGGCGAGCAAAAACUUGAAGGACCAUCACUGGGUCGAUUUGUGGGCCGAGUUCUUCGAGUCUCUUCCGGAUGCGGAGGAGGGCGACGAUCCUCUUUUGGCGGUGCCCGAGGAGGAGAAGGGGGAACCGGAGGAGGAACAGGCCCGGGAACGGGCCUUAACCAAGUUGCCAAGGGGCCGGAUUCCGAAGAACCUCGAAGAUGAUGAAGAGGAGGACACGGACGACAGCGACCUGGAGGACGAGAUAUGGAAGGGAAAGGCUCCAUGGUCGGAAUCGUCUAGCGAAGGGGAGGCAAACGACGGGUCCGACAAUGACUUUGAGCUGGGAGCGCAUCCCAUAAUCCCGGGCACCACAUAUGUUGGGAGGAGGCGAUCAACGCGGUGCCACGGAGAACGCCCGCCCACAACACCAUGUCAAGGGACAGCUAAUACAAGUGCGCAGUACGACAUCGAGUCUGAUGUUGAGAUACCGCAGACAGACACCGACAUUGAGAUGGUGCUUUGCCCUGGUCCGAUCGACGCGGAUGAGGCGGAGGCCGAUCGUGCGAAGGCAAUGGCUGAUGCGGAUCGCGAACGGGUGCAAAGGAGAAUGAGAGAGGAGGAGGAGCGGCGAGCAGUGGUACCGACCCGUAGAGAACUGCAAAAACAAAAGAAGAAGGUUGAAGAGCAUGAACCAGAGCCUGCGCGGGAGAUGGGGCAGCACGAGGAGGAGGAAGAGGAGGAGAUGGGGCAGCGAGACAAGGUGGAAGAGGAGGAGAUGGGCCAGCAAGACAAGGAGGAAGAACACGAGAUAGCCCACCUAGCGCAGGAAGAAGAAGAGAUGGAGGAGGAAGAAGAAGAGGCUUGCAUGGACCAGCGAGAGGAGGAGAUGGAACAAGACGAAGGGAAGGGCACGGACCAGCAAGAAGAGGGGUCGGAGGACCAACAUGCGAAACGGGUGGGAGAGAGCGAGGAGCAGCAGCAUGACGAGAUGGCGCACAACGAGGAGGAGCCACAACAGCAUGCACCAACGACCGUGUACAAGCUUCGGAAGAAAACAGCGGAGCCUGCCGGGUCGCCGGAGAAUUCCCCCGAAUUCCCAGACAACUUAGAGGGGAGCCAACAUGACAACCUGUGGGUCAGCAGGGUUGGGAGGAAGAGGAAGGCCCCCCCUGUCGACGAUGUGUCGAGGCCGAAACUUCCACGUGGCAGGCCUUGGAAGAACAAGACUGCCAGUCCGGCUACGAAGCCGAACAAAAAAAAAACGGAAGUGCAAGCCUCGCACAAAGAUUGUCGAGGACGACCCCGAUUCCGACAGCUGCAGCGAGCAGUUCGUCGAAGACGAGGGUUGCACUGAUGACUGACAUUGGUGUGUGUGUGUGUGUGUGUGUGUGUGU